AGCCGUUUUGGACUCGAGCUGGCUCGGCGGCGGCGCUCCCCUGGCGGCGCGGGCGCCCGCGCGGGGCGGCCGCCGACCCCUCCGCAGGGCGGCGGCGGCCACGCCCUGGGCGAUGCGGAGCCGAGCCAUGAGGGCCCUGUCCCGUCCCGCCCGUCCGGCGCGCGCAGCUCUUGCAGCUGGGAGCCGUGGCGGCGCUGACGCUGGGCGUCUGCGCCUGCGGCGCUCUGGCGCGGGGCCGGGCCAGCGGGUCCGAGGCCUUGGGCUCCGGGGCGGGCGCGUCCCCGCUCGGGGCUGCGCGCAGCCUGGAGGAGUCCGUCGAGCGGCCCUCCACGGUCAUGGCCGCGGUCUACGCCUGCGGCCUCUGCUACAUGUUCCUGGCACUCGCCAUUGUCUGCGACGAGUUCUUCGUGCCUGCUCUGGAGGUCGUCUCCGAGCGUCUGGGCCUCUCGGAUGACAUCGCAGGUGCCACGUUCAUGGCUGCGGGUGGCUCUGCCCCAGAGUUUUUCACCUCUAUGAUCGGAGCAUUGCGACCUCCACCCAGCGACGUGGGGAUCGCGACCAUCGUCGGGUCUGCUGUGUUCAACGUUCUCUUCGUCAUCGGUGCCUGUGGCAUCGCGUCGCCCACGGCGCUGAAGCUCACAGCGUACCCUCUUGCGCGUGACUCGUGUUUCUACAUCGUGCACCUCGGAUUCUUGGUCGCGUUCUUUUACGACGGCCAGAUCCUCUGGUGGGAGGCGCUGAUCCAGUUCUCAUGGUACAUUGUUUACUGCGUGUACAUGAACUUUUCAGGCAGAAUUGAAGAUGCCAUCCGUGACCGGGGGAGCGACAAAGCCGAUUUCGAUGCGAUGGACAAGGACCACGACGGCGUCGUCACCAGGGAGGAGGCUCGGGCGGCCGGCCUGACCGACAACGAGUUCAACGAGCUGGACGUCAACCACGACGGCGGCCUGGAUCUCACGGAGGUGAAGCACUUCCUGCGGCACCGGCGUCAGUUGAAGCAGCUCGCAGCGGCAUCAGGCCAAGGUGAGAAGGUCGAGGAGGAGUCGCCGUUGGAUCUGAGACCACCAUGCAGAGGUCUCGGAGGAGCCGCGGACUUCCAGCCUGUCGCAACCUCGAGCGAAUCGGCCGACUCUGGGGCCGGGUCCUCGAGCUGCAGCGGCCCGGAAGAAGGAGGCGGUGAAGACGUCAAGGCUGAGAAGGAGCCCACGGGCUGCUGCUCGUGCAUCAAGGCAUGGGUAUACUACAUUCUCGCGCUUCCCAUCCUAGUUGUUCUCGUGCUGACAGUGCCAGACGUUCGCAGAAAAGGUUGUUGGAGGUCCCUGUAUGUUAUUACGUUUGUGGUCUCAAUCGUGUGGAUUGCUUUCUUCAGCUACAUCAUGGUCUACUGUGCUGAACAGGUGGGGGCAUGGACAAUGAUCGACACGCGCAUAUUGGCACUGACAUUGAUCGCUUCGGGCACAUCUGUGCCUGACUUGCUAACGUCGGUGAUCGUCACGCUGCAAGGCCACGGGGACAUGGCCAUCUCGUCUUCCAUCGGCUCCAACAUUUUCGACGUUACAGUCGGCCUCCCAGUGCCAUGGCUCAUAUACACUCUUUCCAACGGCCCCGUGGAGGUAGAAAGCCGGCCGACGACCAUGUUCAUUCAGAUAGGGUCUUUGAUUGGUAUGCUUGGAUUCACGGUCGGAAGCAUCAUGCUGUGCGGCUGGGAGUUGGGCAAACCGCUUGGAGUUAUGAUGUUGGUCCUCUAUGUCGCAUUCAUGACAGGCGUCAUUUACCAGAUCAUGCAGGAAUGAGCUUGGGAGCCGGCGAAUAUUCAAAAAGGACAGUUUCCAACCAACGCCACAACUAGCAAUUGUCUCGCAAUUGUUGAAUGCAGGAGCACAUGUGAACAAUCUUCGCUCAGCACGUCUCUGAUGUAAUGUUAUGUUGUUAGGGGCAGUGAUUGCAUGGACUGAGCGCGCUAAUGCCGCGCCCACUCAACCUCUCUGCUCUUGAUCGUCCUUCUUCCUUCCUCCUGCAUGGCUGUUGAGAUCCCCCAGCGGAGCUGGCGGGUUGCCCUCGCCCAGACGUCCGACCCCAUGGUUUCGUCCAUCGGGCCCGCAAAACGGGGGUCGCGGCGGACGCCCGCGGGGAAACUGGCACCCAAACCUCCCAAUCGACGAGUGCUCCCGGGUACGGG